AUGGACGAAGUUGCUUCAACGGUAACAACAACACCACGUACCCGACUUUUUGGCCUUAUCCUUCUAUUUAUUGUUGAUGCACUUUGGGUAUCAGCUGGUGAAAUUACUCGCACUCCUUCGGAAUUUGAAAGAGUUGCUGCUAGUGAAGGGAGCGAUGUUGAUUAUACACCAAAAACUGCACGACAAGUUCGAUUUUCGGAGAUAUGUGAAGUUCGUCAUAUGCCGUUGUCGUUGGCGGAUGAAGCACUACGGGCUCGACUCCCAUAUUCCGCCACACGACUUUGGUGCUAUUGUUCGAUGUCAACUCAGCUGAAAAGCAUUAUUUUUUUAGCUACUAUGUGGAUUAUAUGUACGUUGACUUACCAAGCUUCUUUAAUAUUCAUAUCAGUUUCAUCGCUAAACCUUCUUUCCUCAUCAUCGUCGCUGUUUGUUUUGGUUUUCUCUGCUAUUCUCCCAUAUUCAGCGGCUGAUCGUAUUACAUGGAUUAAAGUUUUUUUGGUCAUUCUCAAUUUUGUUGGAGUGGCACUGAUUUCUGAGUAUAGUGCUUCAUCUUACGGUACAUUAUUAGCCCUUUUUUCUGCACUCUGUUAUGCUGUAUACUUGGUUUUUUUCACUUAUGUUCAACGUAACGGAUCUCGCCUUGAUUUGAACCUUAUAAUGGGUGUUUUUAUUGAAACUGAUUGGGAAGGGGAAGGGGAUGGAAGGAUUCAAGACGAAAAAGAAACAAGAAGUUACGGUUCAGCUGGUAUCUUAACCAUAGUGCUUUACACACCAUUGUUAUUUGUUCUAAGCUAUUUUUCAAUUGAACCACUGCUGCCGUUACCGGACUAUCGCCAGUUCACAGCGUUGAUAUUGAACGGUGUUGUUGGUACAUUGUUUACAGAUUUUCUGUGGCUUCAAGCUACCUUAUUGACCAGUUCAUUGGCAGCUUCAAUAUCGUUGUCAAUGUGUAUCCCAAUGUCGUUUAUUGCCGAUUUCACAUUUCGUUCGCAGACUCCAUCAGUGUUGAAUUGCGACUGUUUCGCGGUUGCUGCCGAUCUGAUUAUGAUUGUAUCAACUAUACCCCCGAGACCAGUGCCCACUCUUCGUCCAUUAGCUACAGUGGGGAAUUUAGCUUCAUCAUCGACCUCAUCAAUUACCAUUUCGCCAGUAUCACCGUCAAAUAUACUGCCGGGUGGUGGCGGUACGCAUUCUGCCUUUAAACCGAUAUUCCCAUCAACAUCUGACGCUUUCUUUGUUUCGGCGUUGAAUUCGUUUAUACUGUCGACCGAUGAAGAUACACUUGGUGAAAAGAAUCGUUGUACACCGAGUAUUGAUGGUUCCGAUCGAAGUUCGUCGUCAAUGAACCCUCACGUUCUUCUUUGUCAAGUGUGUUCGGACCGUGCUUCUGGCUUUCACUAUGGUGUUUUUGCUUGUGAAGGCUGUAAGGGUUUUUUCCGGCGUUCUAUUCAACAAAAAAUUCAGUAUCGACCAUGUACUAAGGAUCAGCAGUGCACAAUAGCAAGAAACAAUAGAAAUCGAUGUCAAUAUUGUCGUCUGAAAAAGUGUGUAGCGGUGGGGAUGUCCAGAGACGCCGUUCGAUUUGGAAGAGUACCUAAACGUGAAAAAGCUCAGUUGGUUGAAGAAAUGGCUCGAGCUUCAGUACGCUCCUUAAUGGAUUCACUGAUUUGUGAACUUGAAGAUGAAUCUAAAGUUAUACAGGCUUGUGAUGCAGCAUUUACCUCAUUAGUUUACAGUGUCAGUAUGCAGUCGCAAACGGACGCUCUAAAUCCUACCAAUGAAUGCCCUUUCAAAUCGCACUCUUAUUUACGAGUGGUAAAAGCAGUUGUUGAUUUCUCUACUGCUAUUCCUGGUUUCCGUCUCGUUUUCCAGCGUGAUCGGAUUCAGUUGCUGAAAGGCUCAAUAUUUCAAGUGUUGCUGCUCGCUACAUUACCUGUACCGUAUGCAGCAUCGUUUGUUGUCCCAACAGCUCGCGUUUCCGGAGAAACCGGACGAUUCUUUACCGACUCGUUAAUGGACUUUCUGCAGCGAUUUAGGCACCUUGGUUUUACAGAACGUCAGUUAAGCCUACUCUGCGCCUUGGUUAUAUGUAAUCCGGAAGGCUUGAACCUGCAGCAACCUUCUAUACCGCAAGCACUGUUUGAUCACCUUAGUCGUCUUCUUCAAAGUUCGCUGGGAAUGACAUCAAAUUCAUCUCCUGGACAAGUUGUGAUAACCGCACUUACUGAUCUGCGUACGCUUCACACACUUCAUCAGGAAAAGCUACAGGCCAUUAGAUUUCCAUCGGUGAACUUUUGCAUGUCUCCAACGCAAAGCUCGGUUUCCGAAGAAAGCUUAAGCACGUCUGCGUGCCCCGGAAAAGAUAGUUCUGAUACAGCUUCUCCUUCUUUAGAACAACGCUAUUACCCAGAUAGGCAUAAAACUAAUCAUCCUUCUCCAAAUCUCGGUAUCUUUCAUAACGCACAUUUUACUCAGGUUAGUCUAAGGGAUAGGUUAGCUCAAGACCGCACUUUGUCGAUGGCAGAGAGGCAUCGAGCUGUUGUCUCGUUGUUAGAAAAGCCCACUCGAUGUGCACCCUUGGCUCACGCUCAUAAUCUUACUUACACGACUUCAGCCGUUUUUGACGAAGAACCGCUGAACUUAAGCACAAAAAACCGCACUAGUUCGUUCUAA